GGUUUAUCUGGUAUCCUGAGUUCCAGACAAAUUGUUUGUUGUGGGUGAUGGGAGAGGUGCCAGAUUUGUCCCAGUCACUAAUUGGAUGCUGUUGGGCGAAAACUCACUUAUCAUUUGUGUAUCACUGCAUAGAUAAAUAGAGCAAGGAACGACAACUCUGAGUAGAGGACUUCGGAUAUCGGGCUCGACAUUCCAGAUAAAAUCAAGAUGGCAGCGCCCUGGUGAUAAAAAGAAAAUAAUUAGAAAUAAAAUAUCUCUUUAAAAAUGUCUUUAGAGUCCGAUGCACGUGCAGCAUCAUGCAGAAAGGCGUUGAAGGUGGCGGUCAGUGCCCUUGUUUCGGAAGUUGGUUUUGAGAGAGCAGAGGAGGCUGCUGUGGAGACCAUGACAGAGAUGUUACAAAGCUUUUUAUCUGAACUUGGACGGAGUUCCCAGACUUUUGCUGAGCUGGCUGGCAGAACAGAGGGAAUGAUGACAGAUGUUGUUAUGGCUCUUAUAGAAAUGGGUCAGAAUCUCCAUGGUUUACCUGCAUACGCCAGAAGGGCCAAUAAAUCCGUAUUCCUACCUCCCUCUCAUUGCACCCCAACACCCAUGCCCAGAACGCUUCAGGCUGGAGAUAAGAUGCCUCAUCCUUCACAUAUCCCGGAGCACAUGCCAGCGUUCCCUGACCCUCAUACCUACAUCAGGACAUUGACACAGAAGGCCCCAGUGAAUGAGUACCAGAUAAUAAGGGAAAAGGCUGCCUCGCAGAAACGAGACGUUGAGCGAGCUCUGACGCGCUUCAUCGCCAAGACGGGAGAGACACAAUCACUCAUCAGGGAUGAAGCCAAUCUAUUUCCAUUAAUUGCAAUUAAGUCACACCCCUUGCCGUACCUCAACGCCCUCCUCCCUAAGGACCAAGACCUUCUGGCUCAGGAAGAGGACACACCUUCCACUGCAGAGGAAGCCUUACCAAAGUCUGCUAUGGGGGGCGCCAAAGAGGGGGACCCCACAGAACAGGAGGGGGAGAUGCCCGACCCCGAGGCAAUAGAUAACCCAUACCUAAGACCCGUCAAGAUGGCCAGGCACCGCAAAAAGGCAAGCGGAGGAAUAGAUAAUCGGUGAAAUAGAUUUAAGAGAUGUGUCCAUGUCUUUAAGUCUGAGCUGUUUGCAGAGGAAUACACUGGCAGUGUGAAAGAAUAAUGAAGAAAGCAGUUCUUGGCUGUUGUGAAUUUCAUAGCAGAGAGUGCUGAACUGUGAAGUUAAUAAUGGCAUGCAUUUGUCAGUGGCAGGGAAGUGUUUGGAUGAAAAACAAAGUUAUCAUCAUUAACUAUGGAGUUUCCUUUUGCAGUUUGAAAGAUUUAGUUUUAAAUUCAUUUAAGGAUUUUUUCCUCUGGAUUUUGAUCUACAAGUGAAUUAUUCGUCUGUUUUGUUGAUUAAUGUAUAAUGUAUUUUGAGUUUAUGAUUAUGUAGAUCCUGCUAUUUUGUGCAUGAAGACAUUUGGAAUCAGCAACAAUUUAUUUUAUUCGAGUGUCUCAUAAACUUUGAAAAUGAUUGAAAGGUGCACCUGAAAUGUACCAGUAUUGUCAGUGAAAAUAUGAACCACUUCAAAUUACAACGUCCUUAUGUUUUUAGAACUAAGUGGAUGUAUGGAGAAAAGUAAAUAGGUGAUAGCUGAACAAACAUUAAAAUUGUCCGCAAUAAAA